AUGUCCAACCACCGAUUAUCAUCCGGCGUGAAGAACGAUUGCCCACCUGCUUCAACGAGAUCGGACUGCGCGUUCGCCAACGCCUUGCGCCGACGCCUGUCCAACCGCGCCUCGCGGCGCCUUCGCGUGUCCUCCUCGCGACGCCUUGCCCAGGAGGCUUUGGACGUGGUAGCUGGUAAUGUUGUUAGGCAUCGUUGCCUCCAUGCCGCAUUUGGCAUCGGGUACGCAGGGUUCAUAAGCAGGUCUAGUUUGUACAGCAUAAAGAAUGUUACAGCUUCUACCUUUUUAUGCCUUUUGCGGAACAGCGAGGUGGAGGCACAAAAUGGCCCGUUUUUUCUGGAUCUAAACAACCAACCAAGCGGGUGUUUCCGAGAAGCACUUGACAUCAUUUCUGCAAUCGAGUUUGACAAAUCUGGUGAUCAUCUUGCCACUGGUGAUAGGGGUGGACGCGUAGUUUUGUUUGAAAGAACUGAUGCCAGGGGUAAUGCCAGUCGGACAGAGCUUGAGAGACAAGAUUAUUCGGUGCCCAGGCAUCCUGAGUUCCGCUAUAAAACUGAAUUUCAGAGUCAUGAACCUGAGUUCGAUUACCUAAAGAGUUUGGAAAUAGAGGAGAAAAUCAACAAGAUCAAGUGGGGCCAAACAGCCAACAAUGCUCUCUUUAUCUUGUCUACAAAUGACAAAACAAUCAAGUACUGGAAGGUGCAAGACAAAAAAGUGAAACGGAUUUCAGUAAUGAAUUUGGAUACUUCCCAGAGUGCAGACAAUGGGACAACUUCUAGUUCGAGUACCAGUAGCUCUAGAGGUCUUCCUAAUGGAGGAUCCUCAGAGAAGUCAUACAAUUGUGCAAACAAUGAUCUGCCAUUCCCUCCUGGGGGAUAUGCAUCAUUGCGUUUGCCUGUGGUUACAGGCCAAGAGUUAAACCCUGUCGCUAGAUGCCGGCGUGUAUAUGCACACGCCCAUGAUUACCAUAUCAAUUCCAUUUCAAAUAAUAGUGAUGGCGAGACAUUCAUAUCAGCAGAUGAUCUGCGAAUUAAUCUGUGGAAUUUGGAAAUCAACAGUCAGAGCUUUAACAUUGUUGAUGUGAAGCCUGCAAACAUGGAGGAUCUAACUGAGGUGAUUACAUGUGCGGAGUUCCAUCCAACUCACUGUAAUACACUAGCCUAUAGUAGCUCAAAGGGCGCUAUCAGGCUUAUUGACCUGCGGCAAUCAGCACUGUGUGACAACCAUUCUAAACUAUUUGAGGAGCAUGAAGCACCUGGAUCAAAAUCCUUUUUUACGGAGAUAAUUGCAUCCGUUUCAGAUAUAAAGUUUGCAAGGGAUGGACGGCAUAUUCUUAGUCGUGAUUAUAUGACUCUCAAGUUAUGGGAUCUCAACAUGGAUUCAGGCCCAGUAGCAACUUUCCAAGUUCAUGAACAUUUAAGGCCUAAGCUUUGCGAUCUAUAUGAAAACGAUUCAAUCUUUGACAAAUUUGAAUGUUGUCUGAGUGGGGAUGGUCAUCGUCUUGCUACUGGCUCUUACAGUAAUUUAUUCCGUGUUUUUGGUUGUACUCCUGGAAAUACUGAGGCAACCACUUUAGAAGCAAGCAGAAACCCUAUGAGGCGUCAGGUUGCUAAUCCAACAAGGCCUACAAGAACCCUGACCUCUUUGACCCGUGCUGUGAGGAGAGGGGGUGAAAAUGCAGGAGCCGAUGGCAAUGGGAAUUCUAAUGACUUCUCAACAAAGUUACUCCAUCUUGCGUGGCACCCAACUGAGGAUUCCAUUGCGUGUGCUGCUGGGAAUAGCUUGUACAUGUAUUAUGCAUAG